AUGGCUCAGCCAGCGCCUUCCCCGGUUCAAGCAGCUCGCGAGGAUCUCCAGCAACCGCCUCCUUCGCCUCAACCGCCGAAAUUGCCUUCACCGCCCCUGCAGCCAUUCCCGACGUCAGCUUCCGAGGUUCUCCAGCAUUCUUUCCCGGCUGCGGAGGUCGACGGCGUAUCACACGUGUAUCUCCCAGACGACCUCCCUCUUCACGACGUCACACACGACGCAACCCGCCUCUACGAUUUCACCCGUCCGCCGCUAGGCUCGAUCGCCCAGCCAGCAACCGAAGCGGGCGACCUCUACGAAGAUCCCUACGUCCAGCCGUCUUUCUCGCACACUCCGUCUCUCGAACCCGCCAGUCAUCUGCCCUCCCAGCCUUUCAUCCGACGACGCGAUUCUCCCACGCACUUCCACGGCGUCGAAUACGCUGGCGAGCUGGACCAGGUUCCCUACUCCCCCUGGACUCUCCCGCCGCUCCCGCAGCAGAACGCACAUCGCGUUCCAUCUCGUUUGGGCGAGCGCACGUUGCUCAACGAAGCGGCUCCAGUUCUCGUGGCGACACCCGCCCCGCCAGUAAUCGACUCACCAGUGCCACCGGCUCCUCCGCCAAACACGGCUCACGUCCAGCCGCUCUCGCAACCAUCGCUCAGUGAGGAAACGAUGACAGACGACGAACCCGCAGACCCGUGGGAGAGACGGGCGAGGCGAGAGAGGCGCGAACGGCAGGCUUUGCUCGACUGGGAGCGAGCGCGUCGCGAGGAGGAACGCCGAAAUCAACCGCCUCCGCCUCCCGAUCCUCCUUCACAUUCUCUCUCGCCAGUCGAGCAUGUCGCGAAGGCAGUCAGUCCGACAGAAGGACAGCCGCGUUCGUCGUCGCGCUCACACCAGUCUUCCGCUUCCUCCGCCAGUCCGCCUCCUAAACCCGAACCGGUGCUAGCAGAAGGCUGGCUACUCCUGCCGCCAACGCACCGGCCUUUUACCGACGGCCUCCUGCGCUUCCCGGAGCAAUGGACGCCGGUCUAUGUCCUGCUUACGCCAGUCACUCUACACCUCGGAGGUCUGCAAGGCGAGCAGAAUGAGGUGAAUCUUCCUCUCGCCGACGUCGUCCGUGUCGUCCGCUUGUCCGACUUCAACCAGCCGACUUUCGAGCCCUUUCGAAUCGACUUCGCCAGUGGCGAGUACCUCCAUCUCGCGGGCACGCAGGCUCUUGACGCCGCAUUCUGGUCGCUCAAGAUCGACAACGCGCGCACCGGCGCCUACCACCGACCGCCAAGUAUCGCUGAAGACGUCGCCUCGCUCGUCUCGACUACGCCAACUCGAUUGUCGCUACGAGGGGGUCGUGCCUCUUCCCGCUCGUCAAGUCGGACAACGCUUCACCCGCUGUCGCGAGAGCCGACCGCCGCUCUUCCGACGUUCCCCGGCACGGCGUCCAAAAGCGUCGAGAGCCCUGCCUGGAUGCGCGACUUCCACCAGGCCGUACCCAUGAACGCCUACAUCGAAGAACUCCCGGCCAAUGCCGGUUCUGACGACUGGGGAGCGAUUGACGACGAGCUGCGACGGACUGCGCAGGCCGCUCGUCUAGUCGCAGCGGGCAAGACGGGUUGGCCCGCCAGGCCACCGCCGGAAGAGUCCCCUCCGCCGUCUCGCCCGCCAAGCGCGCUGCAACAAUCCGACGUCGACGCUCUCGGGUUCAUUCUCGGAAAGUUGCAGCAGCAGAGCGAUGCGCUAUCUGCGCGGGCGGUGAGGCAGGAGUCGAAGUUGCAGCUCUCGCGGGAGGAGUUGCGCGGACUGGAGGAGCGGAUCAGGGAGCGAUUGGAACGAGAAGGUCGGAAACCCAGCAGGUCGGAGCAGAAGGUGCUCGACAAGGUCGAAUGGCUUCUCCAUCUAAACGACGUCCAGCUCCGCAAGUACGCUUACGCCAUGCUGCGCGACGGGUCUUCAAGCGCGUCUGGCAGUACGGCGAGGGCCUUCCAGAAAGAGCUUGACUUGAUGACCACGAUCGAGAGAGAACUCGAGUCGUUGCGGAGAGAGACGAAGGAGCUACCGACGAACGACCGCAGUUCAGUUACAAGCAGCGCAGAUUCGCCCUCGCAGCGCAGACCUACGCGCUCACUUGCUCGCAAGCCUAGCGCUAUCAGCCGGUUCUCCGCCAAUACGUCGGAGAACAUCCUGUCGCCGACGACCCAGAUGCAGCCUCAACCGCUACCGAUUCCUCGCUCGUCUCCGAGACGCAGCCCCUUCUCGCAUGCUCGACGAUCGUCCCAAGAUGUAUACGAUGUCCCGGAAAACUCGCCUGUCUUGCACGAGGCAACGACCUCGACCUUCAAGGAGACGCCCACGCAUGAGGGCAAGGUUCAAGAAGCAAGGAGGGGCUCCUCGACAUCUGAGCGAAGGCGUCGUCUUCAGGAGCUCUUCCUCGACGUCGAGUACCUCUUCCAGCAGCAGCAGUCCUACAUCGCCUCUUCGCACGACCAGCAAGAACGGCUUCGCCGCUCGCUCGGCAAGAUUCUCAACCUCUUACAGCACGACUCGGAGUACCGCAGCGAAACUCUCUCCUCCCUCAUCGGCCAACUCUACGACCUCACCUCUCGCAAGCUCGAUAUCCCUCCUCCGCCUUCUCACUUUCCGCGCCAUCCGCCCCAUCCGCUUUCAAUCUACAGCGGGUCGACAGACACGACGUCGGUUUCGUCCAGCGCGUCUGCCUUGAACAUGCCGCCGAAGAAGGAGAUGCAUCUCCUCCCUUCGGACGUUCGUAUGGCACCGCGCCUCAUUCCCAAAGAGCUGACGCCGCCUCAGCUGCCAGCGAGGGCGCCAACGCAGGCAGUCUCGGGGCGCGCCGCGACCAAAAAAGCGGUCGAGCAGGGCGGAAAAGCCGGCGCGACGAACGGAACACGGCCAGUCUUCGGCGUCGAUGCGGCGCUUCAGCCUGCGCACCACAUGCACCGCUGGCAAGCAGGUCCCGAAGCAGCAAAGGCCGCGCGGGAGAUCGCCGCAACCACGAAAGCAAACGAACCAGCACCAUCUCGUACCUCUCCUGCACCGGUCGACAAGACGAAGCAACCGACACCGGUCGUCAGGCAGGAUGAGCGCGUCGAGAAGGCGCUCGAGACGCUCAGCCGGCCCGGAGCGAAGCAGGAGAAGGCGGGCGCAAAGUCUGGCCUCAGCAGCGAAGAGGCGGCGAAGAAGGCUGUCGCUGUGUGGGAGUUGCUGGACGCGCAGAAGCGGGCGAGAGAGGAGGAGGAGCGGGCGAAGAAGCAGGGAAGAGGGCGAGGAAGGGGUUUGCGGAGGUAG